CUGUUGUGAGCAAUGAGCUAUUCCACCGAUUCGAAGUGUUUAGCGGGAGGAAGUUGCUGUUGUACCGGACGGUGGGAAGCUUACUAGUUAACUUAUUAGUAAAUACAACUGAAAUACCAUAUAUAGCUUUCAUUUUUAAAUAUAUUAUUUAACAUAAAAGUCACCGCAAUACUUGAAAGAAAUGUUAUUUUGUUUAUAAGAACACGAGCAGUACCGUCAGUUAUGAACUAGCAUAAGUUAGCUCGUGCUCCCGAACACCUUCAUAAAAACACACUAUCGUUUAAUUACAUUAUUUUUGGCCGUUUUUGGAUGUGAAGAUGGAUGUAUCGACCUGCUUGAAAUCUCUUCUGUUGGCCAUCCGUCAGUACAGAAACAACAGAAGCUCUUUAAACGCCGCACAGCUCCAGAAACACAUUGAAGAUGUUUCGGGACUGAAGUGUGGUGGAGUGCUGUUCUCAGGUCAGGUGCUGCCCAGCGAGUGUUUAAGUGGACUUAUGGAAGUAGCCGGAGAUCCCAAGACCAAUCACACACUGACGGGGACCAUUAUAUCCCUGCUGGCCCAGUUUGCUUCUGACGGUGAUGCAAAAGAAGCUCUUCAUAGCAGUUACAACUUCACUGGGACUCUGGCAGCCAUUAUUUACUGCAACAGAAACACCCCAGAGGAACCUCUUGUACUGCAGUGCCUCAAUGUGCUUCAGCGACUCACCUACAGCGUAAAGACUCUGCACUGUGUCUCUCAUAUCCAUGAGCUCAUCAGCUUCCUAAUGGAACAUGUCCAGUCAAAUAAUGAUGACAUUGUAAAGGCUUGCUUGGGCCUGAUGGCCAACCUCUGUCGACACGACAUCUCUGUGCAGUCACACAUCAAAUCUCAGAGUAAUGUGAAGGCUUUCUACAGAACCUUAAUUAAUUUCCUCAGUCAUAAUUGUUUGACUGUGGUCGUGUUUGCGCUGUCCAUUUUAUCCAGUUUGACUCUUAACGAAGAGGUUGGACAGAAGCUGUUUAAUGCAAAAAACAUCCACCAGACCUUUCAGCUCAUCUUUAAUAUCACCGUCAAUGGAGAUGGGACGUUAACCAGAAAUUAUGCUGUGGAUUUAUUGGUGGAUCUCCUGAAAAAUCCCAAAAUUGCAGAUUACCUAACCAAGUAUAAACACCUUUCUGCUUGCUUGUCUGAAGUUCUUGGGCUACUACAUAGCAAAGAUCGUGAUACGGCAUCAAAGGUUAUGGAGUUGCUGGUGUCUUUGUGCUCAGUUCCCAUCCUGCGCAAGCUCGUCUCCGAGGCUGUUCUCCGACCUCCAGCCCCCCGACUGCAGCCCGGCACUAGGAAAGGUGUUCAGUCCAGAGGGUCUGAGCCAAGUUUGGCACUCGUCCACUGGGCCACAUCACCUCUGGAUGGCCCGGAGCAGUGCUAUAUGCAGGCUUUGUCUCUGCUGGCUGAGCUGUUUGAAGAGGUGAUUGAUUCCUCUUCGUCCAGCUCGGCUCAAUCGUUCGCUGAGCUCCUCCUGCAGGAAGUGUUGGUUUUGAUGCAGUCUCCAGAUUCCACUGAAGGAACAGAACAGCUGCUAAAGAAGCACUGUCUACGUGCAGGACGUGUCGUCGAUCUUCUGCUAGUCGUAUGUAGAGAUGAUUCAUUGAGGCUUCUGGUCUCCAAGCGUCUCAGUCCUGAGGUAUGUAUCUCACAGGUGGAACUACUGCUUUCUUACAGCCAGGACCUUACUGGAUCCACCUGUACCACAUCCAACUACCAUCUCAGUCAGGUUUGUUCUGAAGUGGUUUUGAAGACUUUAGAACUGAUGAGCCACCUGCGACUGCAGAUGCCGGACAUGGAGACGGCCUUUUACAGAAUCCUACAGGACCAGCGCAUGGUGACACCUCUUUCAUUGGCUUUGACCUCGAACUGCAGACAACAUGUGCAGGUGGCACUUCGCAUACUUUUUGAAGCUGCGCCUCUACCCGACUUCCCUUCUGUCAUUCUGGGAGACAGCAUCGCUGCUAAUAAUGCCUACCGUCAAAGAGAGGCCGAGUUAUCGGUCCGGAGCAGCUCUGCGAGUGAAGACGUGAAGAGUUUUCACGCACCCCACGCCGAAUCUUCUGGCUCUGCUUGCAGCAUUGACAGCCUCAUAGAAAAGCUGCAGAAUGGAGCGGAGUUACAGGAGAAAGUCAAAGAUGUACAUAUGUCAGAGAUCAUUGAUGUUUAUGAGCAGAAGCUUUCUGCGCUAGCGUGUAAAGAGAGCCGUCUGCAGGACCUUUUGGAGGCCAAAGCGCUUGCUCUGUCACAGGCCGAUCGACUCAUUGCUCAAUACCGCUGCCAGAGAGCUCAGGCAGAAGCUGAGGCAAGGAAGUUGGCAUCUCUUCUUAAAGAUACGGAGAGGAGGAAAGAGGAUCUGCAGUCAGAGCUGAAUGAUCAGCUGCUGGAGGUGGAGAGAUUGAAGUCUGACAGUCAGCAGCUUCUGGAACACAACGGCCGUCUGCAGGCAGUCGCUGAUCAACAUCAGGACCUGAAGGGAACCUACAACCAGCUGCUGAACAGGUAUGACAAGAGUGAAGGGAUGCUGAAGGAACUGCAAGCUGCCCACACCGUUCUUACCCAGCAGGCCGAGAGUCUGAAAAAGACCAAUGAGGGUCUCAAAAUGCAACAGGAGAGGACUCUUGCAGAGUUGGCAGACAGAGAACAGCAGAUAAAAGGUCUAAAGACAGACGUGCUGGAGAAAGAGAAAAAUCUAGCAGGUCUUCAGAAUGAGCUGAAAAGUCAGGAGCAGCAGAUCCAUGAGUUGGAGGAGAACAUUACUAUCCUCAGGAAAGAGCUUAACAAGACAGAGCAAGCCAGGAAAGAGACCAGCAUCAAGGCUUCCUCUCUGGAGCUGCAGAAGUCCCAGUUAGAGGCCAAGAUGGAAAAGAUGGAGGAAGAGCUGAGCAAACACGCACAGAUGAUUCAAAUGAUACACAGUCUCAGCAGCGGGAAGCUUAAAGGAGACGUCACUGCCAACCUUUCUCUGUAACACACACAUCUCAUUCAUAUACACUCCAUGAAAUGAAAUAACUUAUUUUAUGUGUUUACUGUACUGUCUCUUUUAGUCUGUGAAUUUUGCAUGUUUUAUAAUCAUCAUCAGAUCAUUAUCAAUGAAUAAAUAGCUCUGAAAGACAGAACAUUAAGAUUUCCUUUCAUUUUAGACACCAUUAAUUAUUUGAAAUGUUUUUAGCAGAUUCAUUGUUUGUCAUUUUUGUAGCUGUGCAAUGUAAAUGAUUUGCAGCUUUGGCCACCAGAGGACACCAAAUGCAUUAACUGUAAAGUUUGUGUUUACACAGGUGAUUUACUAUUUAACUUCUCUCAUUGUCCUUUGAGUAAUAAACUUAAAGAAUUGUUUCA